CCAGUCUAUGAUGAUCCCAAUCACAUUGUCAUGUUCCCCUAUCCCAACGACUGCCGCAAGUACUACGCCUGCGUGAAUGGCAUGGCCUAUGCACAUCAGUGUCCCGACAAUCUCUACUGGAGCCAGCUGACGUAUCGCUGCGACUACAGGCAGUAUGCCACUUGCGAUAAUUUGCCAUAUCCGGAUCAGACGCAGUACAGCGCAUAUCCAGGAGAUUGUGGACGUUACUAUGAGACGCGUAUUCUUAGCUGCCCCAACAAUUAUUACUGGAACGAUCAGUAUAAGCGCUGCGACCUGCCAAAAUUGUCGGGUUGUCGAGCAUAUGGAACGGCACCGCCGCCACUUAACACCCAAAUUCCUUUUGAACCAACAGCUGCAACGCCGCCAGCCGUGCCCAAGCCAUCCAUUCAGCCAGAGUACACUGCACCCAUCGAUCCGGAAAGCCUAUGCAAAGCCUCAGCUAGCCAAAUGGCAUAUCUCGCAUAUCCCGGAGAUUGUCACAAGUUCAUUAACUGUGGUCCAACAGCUUCGGUGCUCACAUGUCCCAUCGGCUUAUACUGGAAUCGCAGCACCCAGUCUUGUGGCUCAUCCCAAAUUGAUUGUCAGCCGUACGACCUUUCAAAUGCUUUAUAUCUAUACAAUGCAGAACAGGCUUGA